CGGACAGGGUUAUUUGUAGGUGUGGCACAAUAGCUCACUGCGUGGCGGUGGUAGCCUGAAGUGUGGAAGCAUCACGUACCGGUGUUGGUGAAAAUGGCGUUGAACCUUACCAUCAACUCCAGCAAUCCACCUUUAGGUGCGCUGUUAGCUGCUGAGCAUGUGAAGGGUGCUGUGAGUGUGUCUGUGGAGGAAGGCAAAGACAACAAGCUGCGUGUCUCUGACGAUAUUCAGUUCAGCGAUGUGAACUCCAUCAGCCGUUACCUGGCCAGGGUGGCCCCCAGCCUCGGCCUGUAUGGCUCCAACAUGCUUGAGCAAACAGAGGUGGACCACUGGCUGGAGUUCAGUGCCCGCCGUGUGUGUGGUCAGUCCAACCUGGCUCCGGCCCUCGCAGAGCUGGACAAAGCCCUGGCGCUCAGGACCUUCCUGGUGGGUCACAGCCUAACGCUGGCAGACCUCUGCGUUUGGGCCGCCCUCAAGGGAAGUGGCGAAUGGCAGGCCAUCUUGGCUAAGGCCAGCUCAUUCCCUCACACAUGCCGCUGGUACUCCUUCCUGAGCUCCCAAGUUCCCUUUGCCUCUGUGGGCAACAAGUGGGCUACCACCAAAAUGGCCGCCAGCAAAUCUACGGAGGAGAAAGAGAAGAAAGCUGACGUGGGGAAGUUUGUGGAGCUGCCUGGGGCUGAGAUGGGAAAGGUGGUGGUUCGAUUUCCUCCUGAGGCCAGUGGAUACUUGCACAUCGGCCAUGCUAAAGCGGCGCUGUUGAACCAGCACUACCAGGUGUCCUUCAAAGGCAGACUCAUCAUGCGCUUUGAUGACACCAACCCUGAGAAGGAGAAGGAGGACUUCGAGAAGGUGAUCCUGGAGGAUGUGGCCAUGUUGCAGAUCAAGCCGGACCAGUUCACCUACACCAGCGACCACUUCCCCACCAUCGAGAAGCUGGCCGUGCAGCUGCUGAAGGACGGCAAGGCCUACAUCGACGACACGCCGCCCGAGCAGAUGAAACUGGAGCGCGAGCAGAGGGCCGAGUCCAAGAACCGCAGCAACUCCUUGGAGCAGAACAUGAAGAUGUGGGGGGAGAUGAAGGCGGGUACGGACUUCGGCCAGACCUGCUGCAUGCGUGCCAAAAUGGACAUGAGCUCCAACAACGGCUGUCUCCGUGACCCCACGCUCUACCGCUGCAAGAACCAGCCGCACCCGCGCACCGGCAGCACCUACAGGAUAUACCCCACGUAUGACUUCGCCUGCCCCAUCGUGGACAGCAUCGAGGGAGUGACUCACGCGCUGCGUACCACGGAGUAUCACGACCGGGACGAGCAGUACUAUUGGCUGAUCGAGGCCCUGAAGCUCAGGAAGCCCCACAUCUGGGAGUACGCUCGCCUCAACCUCAACAACACCGUCCUGUCCAAGAGGAAGCUCACCUGGUUCGUCAACGAGGGCUACGUAGACGGCUGGGACGACCCUCGAUUCCCCACCGUUAGAGGAGUUCUGCGUAGGGGCAUGACUGUGGAGGGCCUCAAACAGUUCAUCGCUGCUCAGGGGGGCUCCAGGUCUGUGGUCAACAUGGAGUGGGACAAGAUCUGGGCCUUCAACAAAAAGGUGAUCGACCCAGUGGCUCCCAGGUUCACAGCGCUGUCGGAGUCCCAGUUCGUUCCCAUCACUAUCGCUGGGGCAAAGGAGGAGAUGAAGGAGGUUGCUAAGCACCCCAAGAACACUGAGGUGGGCAUGAAGCAGGUGUGGUACGGUCCGACCAUCUACGUGGAGGGACCCGACGCAGAGACCUUCACCGAGGGAGAGAUGGUCACCUUCAUCAACUGGGGCAACAUUAUCAUCACCAAGAUCAACAGAGAUGGCAGCGGUGCGGUGUCAUCGCUGGAGGGCCGCCUGAACCUGGAGAACACCGACUACAAGAAGACCACCAAGAUCACCUGGCUGGCGUCCACCCCCAAAGCCCCCAUGGUGCCCACCAUCUGCGUCAACUACCAGCACCUCAUCAGCAAGCCCGUACUGGGCAAGGAGGACGACUUCAAGGACUACAUCAACAAGAACAGCAAGACUGAGGAGAAGAUGCUGGGGGACCCCUGCCUGAAAGAACUGAAGAAAGGUGACAUCAUCCAGCUCCAGAGGCGUGGCUUCUACAUCUGCGAUCAGCCCUACGAGCCAAUCAGCCCCCACAGCUGUAAGGAGAGCCCGUGUGUGCUGCUCUACAUCCCUGAUGGCCACACCAAGGAGAUGCCCACCGCUGGCUCCAAGGACAAGAGCAAGAGCCAGGCAGCCCCCAAGGCAGCUAAAGGUGCGCCAAGCUCCCCGGCGAAGGCGAAGGGAAAAGCUGCCCCUGCUGCCGCCCCUGCUGCUGCUGCUGCCCCCAGCGCUGGCGGGGACGCCGUGGCCGUCUUCAACCGCGUGGUCGCUCAGGGCGAGACCGUGCGGCUGCUCAAGACCGACAAGGCGCCCAAGGAGCAGGUGGACGCCGCGGUCAAGCAGCUGCUGGCGCUGAAGGCCGAGUUCAAACAGCUGACCGGAAAGGACUACAAGCCCGGCAUGGCUGCUCCUGCACCCACGUCCACGUCCGCUCCCGCCGCCAGCCCCAGUCCCGCCCCGGCCGCCGCCGCCGCCUCGGACUCCGCCCCCUGUCCGUUUACACGGGUCGCCCAGCAGGGGGAGGUAGUGAGGAAGCUGAAGUCUGAGAAGGCUCCCAAGGACCAGGUGGACGCUGCCGUUAAGGAGCUCCUGGCGCGGAAGGCCGAGUUCAAGCAGAUCACGGGUCAGGAUUACAAACCUGGCAUGGCUCCUCCCACUGCGGCCCCAGCCCCCGCCCCCACCCCCGCACCCAGCUCCGCCCCCACAGCAGCCCCCGCCUCCGAGUCCUUCGCCGUCUUAUACGGGCGCGUGUCGGAGCAGGGCGAGGUGGUCCGGAAGCUGAAGGGCGAGAAGGCUCCCAAGGAUCAGGUGGACGCGGCGGUGAAGCAGCUGUUGUCCCUGAAGACGGUGUUCAAGCAGCUCACGGGUCAGGAGUACAAGCCUGGCAUGACCCCUCCCGCCAGCCCUGCCCCCGCACAGUCCGCCUCUGCUGCCACGACGACCGGCGAUGCCAACGGCAUCUACGAGCGGGUGGCACAGCAGGGAGAGCUCGUCAGGAAGCUCAAGUCUGAGAAGGCACCAAAGGAUCAAGUAGAUGGCGCUGUGAAGCAGCUGCUGGCUCUGAAGGCCGAGUUCAAACAGAAGACGGGGCAGGACUAUAAGCCCGGCAUGGCCCCUGCGCCGGCCACUGCUGCCCCUGCCGCCCAGACGUCCGCCCCUGCCCCCAGCCCCGGCCAGCCCAGCUCCCCCCAGGCCCAGGCCCUGUUCUCCCAGGUCUCCCAGCAGGGGGAGCUAGUGAGGAAACUCAAGUCUGAGAAGGCACCCAAGGACCAGGUGGACGCUGCGGUGAAGGUGCUGCUGGAGCUGAAGGGCCAGUACAAGGCGCUGACCGGCGGGGAGUACAAGCCCGUCACGACCCCCGGGGCGCCCGGAGGAACAGCCGGAGAGGACAAGAGCCGCAAGGAGCGCGAGAACAAGUCGGAGAAGCAGGGAGGAGAGGCAGGAGGGAAGAAGAAAGGAGGCGACAAGACCCCAGGGAACAAGGAGGGAGGAGCAGGGGGGGCAGGAGGCGCAGGAGGAGGAGAGGGACCCAAGAAACAAACCAGGUUGGGACUGGAGGCCAAGAAAGAGGAGAACUUGGCUGAUUGGUAUUCGCAGGUGAUCACGAAGGCGGAGAUGAUCGAGUACUACGACGUGAGCGGCUGCUACGUGCUGCGGCCCUGGUCCUUCUCCAUCUGGGAGUCCAUCAAGGACUUCUUCGACAGCGAGAUCAAGAAGCUGGGCGUGGAGAACUGCUACUUCCCCAUGUUUGUGUCACAGGCAGCCCUCGAGAAGGAGAAGUCCCACAUCGAAGACUUCGCCCCAGAGGUUGCCUGGGUAACCAGGUCAGGCAAGACGGAGCUGGCAGAGCCCAUCGCUGUGAGACCCACCAGUGAAACAGUCAUGUAUCCUGCAUAUGCCAAAUGGGUGCAGUCCCACAGAGACCUGCCAAUCAAACUCAACCAGUGGUGCAACGUGGUGCGGUGGGAGUUCAAGCACCCCCAGCCCUUCCUGAGGACCAGGGAGUUCCUGUGGCAGGAGGGUCACACGGCCUUCGCCACCAAAGCAGAGGCUGCCGAGGAGGUCCUGCAGAUCCUGGACCUGUAUGCGCGCGUGUACGAGGAGCUGAUGGCCAUCCCCGUGGUCAAGGGCAGGAAGACGGAGAAGGAGAAGUUUGCAGGUGGAGAUUACACCACCACGGUGGAGGCCUACAUCUCCGCCAGCGGCAGAGCCAUCCAGGGUGCCACGUCUCACCAUCUGGGCCAGAACUUCUCCAAGAUGUUCGAGAUCAUCUUCGAGGACCCCAAGAAGCCCGGCGAGAAGCAGUACGCCUUCCAGAACUCCUGGGGCAUCACCACGCGCACCAUCGGCGUGCUCACCAUGGUGCACGGAGACAACAUGGGCCUGGUGCUGCCGCCCAAGGUGGCCUGCGUACAGGUGGUGGUCAUCCCGUGCGGGAUCACGGCGUCUCUGCCCGAGGCGGAGAAGGAGAAGCUGCUGGCCCAGUGUUCCAAGUACCUGACGCGUCUGCAGAAGGCUGGCGUGCGCGUGCGCUCCGACAUGAGGGACAACUACUCCCCCGGCUGGAAGUUCAACCACUGGGAGCUUAAGGGCGUGCCCAUCAGGCUGGAGGUGGGGCCGAAGGACCUGAAGCAGGGCCAGUGUGUGGCCGUCAGGAGGGACAACGGGGCCAAGCUCACGCUGCCCGAGGCCGACACAGAGAAGAGGAUCACACAGCUGCUGGAGGAGAUCCAGAACAACCUCUACAAGAGGGCCUCUGAUGACCUGCAUAAGCACAUGGUAGUGGCCGACACCAUGGAGCAGUUCCAGAAGGACCUGGACCAGGGCCGGAUCGUCCAAAUUCCAUUCUGUGGUGGCAUUGAAUGCGAGGACUGGAUCAAGAAGAUCACUGCCAAGGACCAGGACCUGGAGCCGGGAGCCCCCUCCAUGGGCGCUAAGAGCCUGUGCAUCCCCUUCGAGCCCCUGAAGAAGCUGCAGCCAGGCCAGAUGUGCGUGAGCGGCAAGGAGGCGGCGCAGUACUACACGCUGUUCGGACGCAGCUACUAAGACCCCCCCCCACUAACCCCCCCACCCCCACGGAAGACUGGACCCACAUAGCACUAACCUCAUCGGUCCCUUCCUAGGAUCACUCGCUGCCCUCCCCUCACCAGAGGCAAGGGGCAGGGGGGGGGGGGUGAUGGGACAAAGUAGCCUGUUACCCAGUUCUGAUAACUAUCUGCCCUUAUUCUCUUGCUCUUGCACCCCUAACAUUGCGUUUUUGGUGGAGGGAGGGAGGGGG